AUGGUCCGAAGAACACACAAGAAGUCACGGAAUGGCUGCAUCGAAUGCAAGCGUCGCCACAUGAAGUGCGAUGAGAAAAGACCCAUAUGCUCCAACUGCACCAGCUCGCAACGGCACUGCGAGUUUGUGGGGCCUGGCCAAUUCAUUCACGCCUCUCGGAGCGCGAGUCGUGAAUUGACGGCCGGCUCCCCCUCGGUUGUAUCGCCUUCAACCGUAUCAUCGACGGGGCUGUCUCCCGCUCAGACCUUCCAGCAGCCCAGCACGUUUUCUGAUGUCGCGCCUGUUAAUAUGCUUCACGUCGAGUUCACUCAUAAUCUCUGCUCGGAAGAGAUGAUAAAGGCGCUCGGCAGUCCAGAUACGUCAAAUGUGAUAUCAUUCCAAGACUUCAUGGACUACGGGAUCAAUGCACCUUAUCUUAUAAACGAGCUGCUAUCUCUUAGUGCUCUACACCUCAGCAUCAUCAGACCAGAAAAACGCAACUUCUACCAGCAACAUUCCACUCAGUUGCAAAACCACGCAUUGAAUUAUUUCAAUGCCUCAUCAUCGCAUAUUACAGACCAGAAUACCGCACCGAUCUUCCUCUUCGCCGCCACCCUGGGCAUGCACAAGCUCUGCGAAACCUUGGUAUGCCGAGAUAACGACUUCGAGGCCUUCCUCGACCGCUUCGUACAGUAUGCUGUACUGCAUCAUGGUGUGCGAGUCAUCGCAGGCCAAGGACGAUGGGAGCUUCUGCAUCAAACGAAGCUGAAACCAUUACUGGAGCUCGGCAAGCGGAUUCCGUCCUUGGAUUCCCGCUUGGGCCCGGUAUGCCAAGAGCUACUGGACCGGAUUCAGGGAGUUGGUCUGGAUGAUUCUGUCGUGCGAAUUUACCGACAGGCUGUCCAGGCUGUACAGUCGGCGAUGACUGUGAUAGAACAGCGAGUGCCAGGAGGCAACAAUGUAGACAUAAUUGUUGCAUGGCCGGUGCUUGUUCCUCGGGAGUAUAUUGACCUGAUUUCAGAACGAAAAGGGGAAGCCCUGGUUAUAUUUGCUUUCUUUGGUGCCCUCGUUCAUACCCAUAGCCAUAUCUGGCUAUUUGGCGAUGGUGGUGAGUACUUGGUCCGGUCGAUUAGCCAAUAUCUUGGACUGCAGUGGGAUGAAUGGCUCCGUUGGCCUUGUCAACAUCUCGCUGGAAUGAAUAAUGUUAAUGAUUGA